AUGUCUACAAUGUCUACAAGACGAUCAGCUCGUUUAAGUGCACUUUCUCUCGUCACUGAAAAUCUAUCUGAAACUGUCCCGACUUCUUCUGUGGCAAAAGGUGCCAAGGCUAUACAUGGAGGUAGCCAAGCAGGAUCUAAGGUUAAAAUGAGCAGGAAGAGAAAGACUGAGCUGCCAGAAGCUACAGCUCCUCCAGCAUCUACCAAACUUCCAAAGCCCAAGAAGACAAAGGCAAUAUCUCCAGAAGAAUCCGAAUCUUCCUUGCCCGCAAUAAUUCCAAAUCCCAAGAAGAGAAAAGCUGCUUCAAAAGAAUCUUGCGAUUCUCCAUCCACUGAAAAUGCAAAGCCAUCAACUCCAAAGAAGAGAAGUGCUACUUCUAUUCGCCUUCCUCCAGUGACUCCAACGCCAACAGUCAUCACAUCCAUGUCCAGUCCUUAUAGAGACAUUGACGAUAGUUUGCAUCCACCUCCCGUUGAUCGUCUCGCCGUUCUCAAUGGAACAAAUGCUCCAUUAGUAACACCCGAAACUCACCGACUUCUUGCCAAUAAAUCCAUGGAUGAAGUAUCUCCAUCAAAACCACCUGCUGUCAAAAUAUCAACAUCUGAUAUUUUAGACAAAGCUUUAGAACACUUGAUCAAAGUUGAACCCAAGUUAAAGCCAAUUAUUGAGAAGCAUCCAUGCCGAAUAUUUUCUGCUGAGGGUUUAGCUGAGGAGAUUGAACCAUUCAGGGCGUUAGUCAGUGGAAUUAUAUCGCAGCAGGUUUCCGGUGCGGCAGCCAAAUCAAUCAAAGCUAAAUUUGUAGCACUUUUCAACCCACCUGAUUCAGAUCCAUCUACUCACACAUUCCCGACCCCUUCUGCCAUUGUAGCUACUGAUUUAGCACGUCUCCGCACCGCGGGUCUCUCUCAACGAAAAGCAGAAUACAUUUCCGGCCUCGCCCUCAAAUUCACAGACGGUGAAUUAACCACCCAAUUCCUCCUCAGCGCAUCCUAUGAAGAAGUUUUCGCCUCCCUAAUCCAAGUGCGAGGUCUUGGUAAAUGGAGUGUCGAAAUGUUUGCCUGUUUUGCCCUCAAACGUCUAGAUGUUUUCAGUACCGGAGAUUUAGGGGUUCAAAGAGGAAUGGCGGCGCUACUUGGUAAGGAUGUAGAGAAAUUGAAGAAGGCCGGGAAGGGUGCGAAAGGUGGAGGGAAGUGGAAAUAUAUGGGAGAAAAGGAAAUGGAGGAAAUGGCUGAAAAGUUUAGUCCUUAUAGAUUCUAG